AUUGGUAAGUAAACUGCAAAAGUUAAAUCCGCACUGGAGCGGUGAUCGAUUAUUUAUGGAAGCAAGAAAAAUUGUUGGCGCAGAAGUUCAAGCUGUCACUUAUAGAGAAUUUUUACCAAAAAUUUUGGGAAAUGCAUUUGCGACAACGAUUGGUCAGUAUCGUGGAUAUAAUGUAAGCGUUGAUCCGAGUUUGGUUAAUGAAUUCAAUUCGGCAGCUUUUCGAUUUGGUCAUGGAAUGAUUCAAGAAAUUUAUCUUCGCCUUAAUCAACAUUUUCAUAAUACUUCGCUCGGAAGUUUUUCAUUUGUUGAAGGAACACAACAUACUGAUCGCUUGAUAUUUGGUGGUGGUAUUGAUCCGAUAUUACGUGGUAUGAUGAUGUUACCGGUGAAACGACCACAACGGCUUACAAAAUCAGUAACAGAAAAUAUGUUCGGUAAUACAGAUUUGGGUACUAUAAAUAUACAACGUGGUCGUGAUCAUGGCUUACCGUCAUAUACACGAUUUCGAGAAUUUUGUGGACUUUCACAUGCCACCACUUUUGAUGAUCUUUCACGAGAAAUUAUGAAUCCUGAAAUACGAGUAAAACUAAAAAAACUUUACGAUACACCAGAUAAAAUAGACUUGUUUGUUGGUGGCUUAUUGGAAGAUCCUGUUCAGAGAGGUUUUGUUGGACCAACUUUUGCAUGCAUUAUUGGACCACAGUUUCAAAGGCUACGUGAUGGUGACCGGUUCUACUAUGAAAAUCCAGGUAUCUUCACACGAGCUCAACUAAUCGAAAUUCGUAAAAGUAGCUUUUCUCGUUUACUAUGUGAUAAUGGUGAUAAUAUCAGUAAAGCACCACGCGAAGCAUUCCGAAUUGGGCAAAUGAUGUCAUGCGCACAAAUACCGGAAAUGGACUUAACAAAAUGGAAAGAAUAA